AUAGAACAAGAGAAAGCCUCGAGAAAGUACGGAGUACAUAACCUACUUGACCCACUUCCACUGAAACCCAAAUCACCAUGGACUCUUCCAAGACAACCCAACAGCAACAGAAGGACACCAACCAGCCGACCGAAGGCAGCGGGCUGAACAAGGUGACCGACAAGGUCAAGGCUGCCUUCCAAGCUCACUCGGCAAACCCCGGCCCCGUCAUUCAUGACGACUUCAAGGCCCAAGAGGAAGGGACGAAGGAGGAGCGCAUGGCCAAGGCACGAGAGAUGAACAAAUAAGCAAUGAGCAGGCUAUGAUAGAGCCAGGGCGAUUUCAUAAUGAUUAUGAUGGUUUCCGAGGAAUGUCACAGCCAACAUUGACUUUCUUUUACUGAGGAGACCUUAUGUACUGUACGAAGAUGAUAAUGAAGGCAAGCGGUAAUUUUUGAUUAUGACAAGAUGCAGUGACAAUACGUA